AUGCAGUCACCCUCUCAUGGGCCCCUCGGGGCCUCUAACCCAGUCAUCCAGCCGGCACUCCAGUUUACAGGAGCCAGUGGUGCACAGGAUGACAGGUCACACACACACACACACACACACACACACACACACACACACACACACACACACACACACACACACACACACAGAAUGUCUCCUGGUCAUUUAACAAUCUCUCCGGUAGAGUUUGCUGUGGCUGUUCUCUUCCCCUGCCUCUCUGCCUCUCUGCCGCUCUGGCUGCCUGGCUGCCGGCCUCCUCUCGGCUCCUCCCCGUCUAUUUAUCAACUGUGUGACGGGUCACGUUAUCGGAGGGGGGCUGUCGGUGUGAAAGCACUGAGUGAGCUCCCGGCCGACGAGUCACACAGUCUGCCCGCACUUGCCAUUAAAUAUUCGUCAAAAGAGUUGACGGGAAAGCGAAACCGGUCGAGUAACAGCCGGGAAUCUGGUAAAAAAAAAACAAAAAAAAACCCGGUGUUUAGCGGUGAGCCGAACAGACUGCUGUAAUCUACCCGGAGGAGCUGGAUCUCAUCGCGGGGCUGGAUGCGCGAAGCUUUACGGCAUUAUAGGUGCACCGGAGUGUGCCGACGACAUGGAAAAUAAAUAGUUGUUUGGAUCCAGCUGAAGACAUGGAAGCAAGCUGGAAGAACUGCUUCGAAGAGGAGCUCCUGUGCCCCAUUUGCCUGAAUGUCUUCGAGGAACCCAUCCAGCUGCCAUGCAAGCACAACUUCUGCAAGGGCUGCAUCUCCGAGGCUUGGGCCAAAGACAACGCUGCGGUCCGCUGUCCCGAGUGCAACCAUGACUACGAGCAGAAACCCACACUGGAGAAGAACUUCAAGCUCGCCAACAUAGUGAAGCGCUUCAAUGCCUUGAACACUGAGAAAGUCCCCGCUGUGCUGCACUGUGUCCUCUGCAGAAGAGGCCCCCCGCUGCCUGUGCGGAAGGUCUGCCUGCGCUGUAAGGAGCCCUGCUGCCAAACUCACAUCCAGACGCACCUACAGCAGCCGUGCGCGGCCCCGGGACACCUGUUAGUCGACGCCGAGGAGCUGAGCGCUUGGACCUGUCCCAGUCAUGAGGAGUACAGGCUGCUCCACUGUGAGGAGGAGCAGGUGGCUCUGUGUCCGUUCUGCUGCAUCUCCCACUGCACUAACCAAAGACACACAGUCUGCGAUGUGGAUACCCAACGCAUACAAAUGCAGGCCAUGCUAAUGAGGCAGCAAGACAGACUUGAAGGUCGUGUUCAGAACAUCGAUGAGCAGCUCACCAAGCUGGAGUCAAACAAGACGCUGAUGAAGGACGCAGUGUCCGAACUGAAGGAGCGUGUGAGAGCCCAGUACCAGAGGAUGCACGCGCUGCUCGAAGCCAACCAGGCCGAAACCGUGCAGAUGCUGGAGAACACUUUCACCGUGUACGUGAGGAAAAACUCCCAGCAGGUCUUGCAGCUCAACGAGAGGCGGCAGCAGGCGGAGAAACUCCUGAGCUCAGUGCAAACGUUCUUCCAAAGAUCAGAGAGCAUUAACUUCAUGAAGAACACAAAACCUUAUCAGCUGCUAAUGGACAGGUCAAACUCACACCUGACUAGUGCCAUCCCUCCACUCAGAGUGGGCCAGCUACACUCUCAUCACUUGCUAUCCGAACUCUCAACGCGAGAAAAGAACCUGCGGAAAAUGCUCGAAGAGCCGUUCAACGAGGCGCCCAUUCUUGAGAUUGUGCAGUCUCACAGCAACUCUGCUGGCUCCCACGUGGGCACUAGUUCAGGACUACAGAAGAGGAAGUACAGCAUGGCUUUCUUGGAUAGUAACACAGCAAACUCCGCCUCCCAGGAUCCUCCACCGUUGCUCUACAGCAGCAAAAAGCCCUUUCUAGCUGACCAGAGCCAUCGUGCUUCGUCCAUGUAUUCCUCCGAAGGUCUCUCCCAGAAUCCUCACGCUGGCCCCGGCCACAGCCGACUCCUUGACCCUUCAGCCCAUCACAUGGUGGGUCUAGGGUCCAGCUCCAGCCACCACUCAGGGACCAUAUUCCCCCCCUCCCACUUCCCCAGUGGAGGUGCCUCGCAACAAGCCAUGUUUGAAGGGAGGAAAGUACUGAUGUGCACUCUGAAUAACUGCUGCUGCUCCGGGGCCCCCGCUGCUCGUGCCCGGCCUCCGUACCCAGCGUCGGACUCCUUCCCCUCAAUGACCUCUCAGGAGUUUCCCCCACACGCCCCGCUGCCUGCGAGCCAGCCACUGCAGCAUUUUCCCUUGAGGGGGCUGAUGGAAGCCUCACAGACAGCCAGGCACCCUGACUUCUACGGGCUGUACAGCCAGCCUUCAACCAAGCAUUACGGGACCAAGUAAUAAACCACAAUCAGCAUUUUGUUCCGUUGUAUUAAAUCAGAAUUGGCCUCGGAAUUUCCAUGUUUGCUUUUCGUUCCCUUCCCCUUAGAUUCAGAGAUGUAUCUGUGUCUGCAACACACCUUUCAUGAUGUCGUUAUUCUGAAAUGUACUUGACCCCGUUUUGGGAAACCAUGUCCUGUUAGCUGUGGUAGCCCUGUUUACUUCCUGAAUCAGUGACAGUUGUAACGCUCUAAUUUGACGACACACGUCUGAACUUGUAUUUAUUUUCUGUUUCAAUUCGACUGGAAGUGCUAAUGUGAAUAACGUAGUCUUAAACCCAUUCAAGCAGUGAACUAAAGAAACAACAUAUCCUUCAUCCCGAGUCCUGACGCGGGACUCCAGAGACUUCAGUGCCUAAAAAGACUGUUAACACGCUCUUAUUAUACUUGCAAGUUCCUAGGUCUUGAUUGUUUCCUGUUUGCGGCUGAAAGCAUGCAGGGAGCCUCUCCAUGCACUCCAAAGUCCACGUGGCUUUAGAAACACACUGGACUACAAACGCUUGUCAGGUUUUUAAUGAAUUUUUAUACAAGAUUAUAAAUAAACCAAAAUCAGUGGAAAAUGUUGAAUAAACGAGCAUAUUAAUUUA